GAUUCCUUCAUCACCGGUGCUACUCCUACAAUCACUUAUCCUGGGGUUGAUUCACAGCACUCCUCGGGAACAGAAGGGCGCGGCCGGAUACGAUCGGAAGACGCAGAGGCUAAAAUUUUAACAACUGGACCUAAGUGUUAUUUAUGCACAGUGGAUUUUUAUUCAACUAUUGAUAUAAGGGCUAGCAUACCAGAUCCUAUAAAUUAGUGUCCUGCCUUGGAACUGUCUUGGCAAAUGAAGAAAUUCUUGGAGUAAGUGAACCUGGAGAACAUUCUUUCAUUAGAAUGGUAUGCUUUAGAUAUACAUGCCGUUCUGAGGUCUAGAAGAAAAACAUAAAUAAGAAUCACUCUG